GCCGACCCUGAGAUGGGUAAGACUAUGCCUUUGUCCAAUGUCCUCGUCCGACAGACACAAAUACGAUACGACGAAAGAUUGACAGGAGAAAAACGACCAAACACGCACCACCGUUGAAGCAAAUCUGAAAGAGAGAUAUCCGUCCGACUCUCCCUCUCUCUCUCUCUCUCUCUCUCUGACUCUGAGAAAUUCUUGAGAUUUCAUUCAGUUUUUCAACAAAAUGAGUAUGACCCAGUUCGCUAUGGUUGAGGAAUUGGCUUCUCUUGUUAAAGACAAUCUUUCUUGUAAGCAUCUUAUUCUCUCAGUGGAAGAGGCCUUGGUGGACUUCCUUCAGAGUGAUACCAGUUCCAGUGGGGUGUUGGAGUUGGAACCCAUGAACUCAUACAACCGUCUUCUCUUGCAUCGUCUUGCAGACAUAUUUGGCUUUUCCCAUGAAUCCGUUGGUGAAGGAGAUGACCGGCACUUAAUUUUGGAGCGAUGCCCGGAGACAUCAAUACCUUCCAUCCUUGUUGGUGAUAUCUUGUGGCAGUAUGAUGAGCCUGAUUCUCCAACUACUUCACACCUAUUAUUAAAGCGGACAGAAGCUCCCCCAGUGGUAAGGAAAAAACCUCCUUUGUUUCAACACUCACUUGAGGAGAGAGAAGCUGCUUAUUUGGCUGCUCGUGAGCGAAUAUUUUCAAGGGACUUGGGAGAGGCAAAGGAAUCUGUCAAGCAAAAGCCACGUAGUGUCCCUGUUGUUGCCCGCCGGAUGAUAGCACAUGCCCUAGGCCAAAGAAUCAAUCCAUCCAGUCAAGAUUCCCUUCAUGAAGAUUGCAAAGUUUUGGGAGGGCACGCUAGUGAAUUGAAUGUGCAAGACAAGGUUGAAGAUGAGGCCAGUUUGACUGUGGAAGCUUUUCAGAAGGAAGGAAAUAUGAACUCGUGUGGUGAAGUGAAAAUGAACAGCCGCAGUAACAAUGCGCCACCUUUAAUUUUAAGUGAAAGGAAGACACCCAAAAAACAAGGUGACAAGAUUUCGGGUGGUGGCAACAGUAUAUCUCAGAAUGGAAGAAGUGGACAUGGUGUAGACGAGGAAUACUACAAAAGGGAACAUUUGGGAGCAGCAAAGAGGAUGUUUGCUCAUGCCUUGGGAAUGCGCUCAGGGAGGAAUGAUGUUCUUUCAAAAUGUAGCGAGAGAAAGCAUGUUGACACGGAGUAAGGGUUGCUUUUAGAAAAGCAUAUUUGUAUGCCAUUUCACUUCUCAUGUACUUGGGUACACAUCAACCGGAUCAUCUGGGGUCUUCAGUCAAAUGAAUGGUUUAUGGGCGUGUAGACUGUUCUGAUGACAUGUUGGGAGACGCAGUUGUGAAGGGAGGGAACCUCUUGGUAGUUUAUUGUUGGCUGCUCGCUCGUAUGUAUGGGCAAAUCAUAUAUAUAUAGGUCGCAGAUACUUGCACAGCUAAUUCCAUGUAGGACAACGCCAUUGUUCAUGUUGCGGAAAUAUUCAGGGAGAUGGGAGUGUCAGCCAAACUGGAUAAUUUUAUUUCUUUGGGAAAGAGAGGCUUUUGUAUGCAGCUUAACAUGCGAUGUAGUCAAGAAGUAUCUUUUUGGUUUGAUAGUUAAUUGUUGUAAUGGGUGGUGCAAG